AAGUAGAACUGAGGUGACUAAAAGGUAUGGUACACCACGUGCAAAUGGGACAUGUCCGGGCGAGUUCCACUGUCUUCCCACCUCUUCUGAUGUCCCUGCUUUCUUCUCUCCACUUCUAAUCUCUGUUUAUACACAUUGGACCAACAGGGAGACGGAGAGAGAGAGAGAGAGAGAGGACUUUGGUGAGGCUCUGGAUGGGGAAUAUUCAGUUUGAUGAGGUCCAGAGCUGCUGUCUUCUUUGCCCAGUCGGUCACAUUCUUUUACUCUGGACUCUGGAGGAAGGAUACUGGGAGAAGUGCCAGCGAGUGACACAUGCAUAAAGUCCGGAAAUACGCUAUCAUGUGGAGGAUUUUCUUUUGUGCUCAUGAUAGAAGGUCAAAGAAUAUGAGAGUCUGAAGAUCAUCCUACUCCCCCGUCUGCUCAGUAAGUGGAUCCAGCUGGAUAAAGAUGGAAAUACCUCCAUGGAUUUCGAAAAGAGUCACUUACUAGACUUCAUGUCCUGCCUGGAUCAUCCUGAGGACAGAUUCCUCUCUGGUUGAGGAGAUCACCUUAAAGAAACGCCAAGAAUAAUUCACUUGGAGCCCUGUAGUGGACAACAGAAUUGUGGGUACACAGCAAGCCGACGAAGAAGGAUCUGGACUUUUUUUUGCAAUUUAGGAAAGUACAACUGGUCCAGAUUUGAAGAAUCCCGUUUUGGAGCACCAUGUUACCUGCAAAGGGCCAUUUUGAAUGAAUUAGAUGAUGAAUUAACACAGUUACAGGAUGGAGGUGAUACAGCUCCACAGUCCCUGUGUGUCUCAGGUAUGACCCUGAAUCUGAAACCGUCCUGGAGCUCUUUGGACAGGGGAGCAGCCGACUGGUUCGGGGUGAGCAGGGACAAUGACAGCACCCAGCGGUGGAGGAGGCGGAGCCUGCAGCACUGCAGCCAUCUGUACGGAGGCCUAAAGGUGCAUGUGAUGCGGGAGAUGGAUUUCCACAGCCAGGACAACCUCUCCCUGGCCAGCACUGAGACACCUCCUCCCCUCUACCUUCCACCCCUUCACCCCUGUCACCGUCACUAUGGCAUGCAGAGGAUUGUCGACCCGCUGGCUCGUGGUCGUGCUUUCCGGAUGGCAGAGGAAGUAGAUGCACUGAGUGUCCCUCAGACUCCCAUCACGCCCGCCACCGGCUCACUCUGCUCCUAUUCCAGCUCCCGCUCCGCCCUCAACCGGUUGCCACGACGACGCAAACGGGAGUCGGUUGCAGUCAUGAGUUUGAAGGCAGCGGCGGCGCUCAUGAAGGGUCACACGGUAGGUGACAACACCAUGGUACAAGGUCACAGACGCAGUUUCGUGCCUCCUAGUUUCCUUGAUGAAGACAUAAUGGACUUUCCUGAUGAUUUGGACACGUCCUUCUUCACCCACGACGGCCUGCAGGACGAGUUGUCCACCUAUGCCGAUGAAGUUUUUGAGACAGCAUCAGAGGCGGCGCUUAAACAGGUGGGGGAGGAGAGCGAGCUCACAGGAAGUGCGCUGGAUAAAAACGAACUGGAGAGGAGUCACCUCAUGUUGCCUUUAGAGCGAGGAUGGCGUAAGACCAAAGGAGGCUCUGCCGUCCAGCCUAAAGUCCGUCUGAAACAGGAGGUGGUGAGCGUCAACGGUCAUCAGCAGCGGGGGCACAGAAUCGUCAUUCCCGUUAAGAAGCUGUUUGCUAAAGAGAAGAGGCCGUAUGGGCUCGGCGUGGUCGGUCGCCUUACAAACCGGACGUACCGCAAGCGCAUUGACAGCUUCGUCAAAAGACAGAUUGAGGACAUGGAUGAUCACAGGCCUUUCUUCACCUACUGGAUUACGUUUGUCCACCUGCUCACCACCAUCCUGGCUGUGGGAAUCUACGGUUUUGCCCCCGUGGGCUUCUCACAACAUGAAACUGUGGACUCUGUCCUGAGGAACAAGGCAGUUUAUGAGAACGUUAAGUUUGUGCAACAGCAGAACUUCUGGGUGGGACCAAGUUCAGAGGCACUAAUCCACUUGGGAGCCAAGUUCUCCCCUUGUAUGCGUCAAGACCAAGAGAUCCACCAGCUGAUGCAGGAGAAGAGAGCGCAAGAAAGGGAGUCGGGCUGCUGCGUUCGGAACGAUCGAUCAGGCUGCCUGCAGAUGUCACAAGAGGAGUGCUCGAGCACACUGGCAGUGUGGGUGAAGUGGCCUCAGCAUCUCAGUGCUGCUGAGCUGAACAAAAAACCACGACAGUAUGGAUCCGUGUGCCACCAGGACCCCAGAACCUGUCUGGAGCCAGCCUCAGUCUCACCUCUUGAGUGGCCCGAUGACAUCACCAAGUGGCCUGUUUGUACGAGGCACAACUCGGGGAAUCACACAAACCUUCCUCACAUCGACUGCACCAUCACCGGCCGACCCUGCUGCAUCGGAACCAAAGGACGAUGUGAGAUCACUUCCAGAGAAUACUGUGAUUUUAUGCACGGCAGUUUUCACGAAGAGGCCACUCUCUGCUCGCAGGUCUCUUGUAUGGCUGAUGUUUGUGGUCUGUUGCCUUUCCUCAACCCUGAGAUCCCGGACCAGUUCUCCAGGCUCUGGCUGUCUCUCUUUCUUCACGCUGGGGUCGUGCACUGCCUGGUGUCUGUGUUGUUCCAGAUGACUAUUCUGAGGGACCUGGAGAAGCUGGCUGGUUGGCUGAGAAUCUCUAUCAUCUACAUGCUAAGUGGUGUCACUGGUAACCUGGCUUCAGCCAUCUUCCUGCCCUAUAGAGCUGAGGUGGGUCCGGCAGGAAGUCAGUUUGGAAUCCUGGCCUGUCUGUUCGUUGAGCUGUUUCAGAGCUGGCAGAUCCUUGAGCGGCCGUGGCGAGCGUUCGCCAAACUGCUGGCCAUCGCUGUCUUUCUUUUCUCCUUUGGUUUGCUCCCAUGGAUUGACAAUUUUGCCCACAUCUGUGGUUUCAUAUCAGGAUUCUUCCUAUCGUUUUCCUUCCUGCCAUAUAUAAGCUUUGGCCGUUCGGAUAUGUUCCGGAAGCGGAUCCAGAUCUGUGUCUUCCUGCUCGUCUUCCUGGCUCUGCUGUCCACCCUGGCCGUCCUCUUCUAUGUCUACCCUGUUAAAUGCGACUGGUGCGAGUACCUGACCUGCAUUCCAAUCACAGACAAGUUCUGCGAGAAGUACGACCUGAACGCCCACCUCCACUGAAGUUCCGCCUCUGAAAGGUUCCAGAAUGAUCCCGCUGGUGGACCCGAAGUGUCACGUGGCUCUAAAUGAGUCGUCAUGGUUUCCAUUGGGUGCUUCAUCUCAAACAAUUGUUUGCGGCUCUUGCAGCAGCUGGUAAGGUCACGUCUGUCCAGUACUUGGUUGUAAACCGUCUUCUCGCUGGUCUACUUCUGCUUCUUUUCCUGUCUACUAUCCCGGGUAGUCAGCUUUCAUCAAGGCCAGCGUAUCCUGUGGAUAUGAUAACGACACACAGUUUGCUCGAGCCAAAUCCUCAGACUGGGAUUAAUAACGUUGACCAUGGCAGAACCCACUGGAUGGGUUUCUUUCAGCCAGCCACCCUUUAAACUCCAGAACUCUGGGUCCAGUUCUCCUCCACCAUCUGCAGUACUUUAUAGUACUACUAGUCUCCACUUAAUCUCAGCGGACCAACUCGAUUGUUGAUGAUCAAGACUUUCUAACCCUGUGGAUUACGUCCUGAUCAGUGCCAAAAAGCCCCCCCCUGAAUUUAAACUUUUUUUUGUUCCACCGUCUGUUUGGUUGUUUUUUUUUUUUUGUCCUUUUUUCCUGGUCGUACCUUUUCUAAGAGUAAGAUGAAGCUGUUGAAAAAUCAAAUGCUUUUACAGGAGCAGUAUUUCAAGGUUUUACAAACUUGAGAAACAAAUCUGUUUUACCUCCACUAACCAACAGAGGGCAGCAGAGGCCAUAUUAAUGGUCUUUUUCCUUGGAGCACCAAUCAAACACACACACACACACACACACACACA